AUGUCACAUGUGACUCAACAGGUAGCCCAACUUCAGAAGGCACCUCCCCAAUUUCCAGGGCAGCGGGAACCUAAUCCUAAGAAUCAUCACAAUGUAAGUGCAAUCACUUUGCGGUGUGGAAAGACGUUAGAGGAACCAAUGAAGCCUAUUGUGACAUCACCCAAGGUUGAUAAAGACAACAUUACUAAAGAGGCUAGAAUAGCGAAGAAGUACAGGAAGUUUCUUGAGUUAUUGAAAGAUGUUCAUCUUAAAAUCCCGUUCCUUGAGGCCAUUUGGGAAAUCCCUACCUACGCUAAGUCCUUGAAGCAACUUUUGGAUAAGAAGAAGAAGAUUUGUGAAGCUACUACAGUGAAGCUCUCCGAGUGUAGUGCCAUCCUUCUUAAUACACUCCCUCAAAAGCUUAAUGAUCCUGGAAGCUUCACCAUUCCAUGUUCCAUUGGAGAUGUAACUAUUCAAAGGGCACUUUGUGAUCUUGGAGCCAGCGUAAGUCUCAUGCCUAAUGCUAUCUUCAAAAAGCUCAAUUUUGGUGAUCUUCGCCCUACUCGUGUCUCCCUGAAAUUAGCAGACCGAUCUAUACGAUAUCCUUUGGGUGUUUUAGAGGAUGUACCCCUCCAAGUUGGCAAGUUAACUAUUCCAUGCGAUUUCUUUGUUAUGGAGAUGCCAGAAGAUGUGCACACCCCAAUUAUACUAGGUAGACCAUGUCUUUCUACUGAUGGAGCUUUGAUUGAUGUGAAGCAUGGUAAGUUAUCUCUCAACGUGGGUAAAAACAAGGCGGAAUUUGAACUCCAUAAAGCUAUGCAUGUUCCUUCUUUGGGAGAUACUUGUUCGCCGCAUCCAUGUUGUUGA